AUGAAUCAUCAACAAGAGAUCAUAGACGAAAUUACAAGCAAUCACUACAUCGAUGAAACCAAUUUCAAUGAAAUCAAUUUCGAUGAACCUUUUAGUGACGAAGAAUUGGAUAAUAAUGUCGAUGAAGCUCCAAUUAAUGUGGGCGAUAGUCAUACCUCUAGAUACUAUGAGUCUAAUCAACCUAGUAAUGAGAAUCCUUACGACCUUUCCUCAAAUCUGGCUGAAACUAAUAGUAGGAAUGAUAAUGAUAUAUUAUCCAGCAAUUGGCGUAAGCUGUUAACUAAAUCUCGAGAACUGAGUAUUAUUCCAACCCAAGACAUCCUUUCAACUCACCUGAUUCCCCCCGUUUCCGAUUCCAUGGCUGAUUAUACUAGCGAUACUACAUCAGAUGAAAUUCACGAUGAUUUUGAAUCCCAUUCUACAGAACAAUCCAACUCAGACAAACGUCCAUUUCCAAGAGUCUCUUUUAUUGGUCGAGACAAGAAAGUUUAUCAUAUCGAGAUCAAUCAUCGUGGCUAUAAAAAGUACACAUUUGUACAUGGCUUGCUAAUUGACAAGAAUGGAAAGCUUAUCAAUACUUUCGCUACUCGAUUUAGGGAGCGUAAUCGUUCCCUUGUUUCUACGAUAGAGCAAAGAGGUGAUACCUUAGCUGAUUUCAAUUCGAUGUAUAACAAAGAAACAAGAUUGCAUCUUUUUAAUUAUGAACAUUUAUGGGAUUUUGUAUCUCCAGAAUCCAUAAUGGUUGAAUAUGUUGGUGCUGAUAGACAGAUGAUCUUACAUAAAAAGAAAUCAACCAACAAAGAUAUCACUACAAUCAAAGGUGUACUGGUAGCAAUAUCAGGUGGAAAAUCAUUUGCUAUUCACAUUGCACCUGCGUCGAAAGAAAAUCAUAUUGACUUGUGUUAUCAUGUUCCUGAAAUGAGAACUCAUAAAAAGACUCAUCCUUUGGAUGCCGUUUUUGAUUAUCUCACUUUUACUGAGGAUGAUUUGAUCACCUUAAGAAACUGUACACGUAGUGAAGAUCUUGAUGAUGGCAGAGAUUUAUUCAUCAAAAUCUAUUACAGUGUUGUCUGUAAUCCCAAAACAAGACUUCGCAAGGCCCCAAGGUUCCAUCACAAAUCGCGAGUUAGCCAAAUGUUCCCCAUACUUCAAGAGACAACCUUGAGGACGUACUCGAGUUACUUUGCUCAUUUUUACUGCUUGAUCCGGGCUAGAGGUUUGUUUCCUCAUUUUGAAGAUAAUUGUUCACCUGCUAUUAAGCGGGUGCGCGACAAGUUUAUUGAAUCAAUUAAUGCAGAAGAAAGAGUGACUAACUUAUUGGAGGUAUUUUCCUCGUUUAAAUCAAUGGAUGGUCAAAAAUAUCUCAAAUCUUUGUUGUAUGUCUUUUCAAGAAAAUUUGACGAUGGAGCAUUGGGUAAUGUUGAUACAAUCUUAAUCAAAUUAUCUAGUAUUAAGGACAUGUAUAAGUAUUGCGUGUUUCUUUCUUCAUCAGAUCAGGAAAUAUACAAGUAUGCCAACCGUAAUUAUAGGGAUGACGACCAUGGGUUAUCUCUCUUGGAAGAUUUAGUUGAUUUAUUGAUCAGAAGAAAUAAUGAAUUGGUAAAAGUAGAGCCAGGUAAUGCUCCAGGCGAAUGUUAUGUCAAUGGUAUCUCAGUAAAGAAAUCUUAUUGUACAGAUCUUUAUUAUAAGUCUGCCGAGAAUUUUAAGGAGAGGUUCCGACAAUUAUGCAACGUAACGAAAAGUCAAACGUCCAUCGGCCUUAUCUAUGAUCAAUUUCUUCAGAAAGCUAAAACUGAUUACUCCUGCACUUGUUUAGGUGAAGAGAUGAACAAUGGCCAGUUUAAUUUGAAUGAAGCUCAUAAGAGUGAGAUUUUGAUGUUAAUUCUUGAAAUGCAAAAGGCGCUCGCUUCAAUGAUGUACGUUGCCGCCGCCAACACAUCUAGUCCAGCAGAGUUAUUAAGUUUGAACAUCCAAGGAGAUAACUACGAAGAUCGAGAUAUAGUGUUCCGUGAUGGUCUUCUAAUGAUUCAGCAGAAUGGCAAUAAGAAUGGAAGUGUAGAAAGAACAUUAAGACAUACCACCAAAAUGUUAUCUCAAUUUAUAGUUGUACUAGCUGUUCCGGUUAGAAGCUUAUUCUUGCGGUUGCUUCCAGAAUUACCUGAGCUUACUCACAUGUUUUUUGAUAGUUCAAGAUACCCAGAUAAAGAGAUCGUCAAACGGGUUGCUUAUAGAAAGUUCUUGUUCAUCACGCAUUACGGUAAGUUAUUGACUUGGGAUGAGGUCGACACAUUUCAAGCUAGAGUUUUGAAUAUUGAUUUAAGUAAAGUGUUGGGCGUUCGUAUACUGAGACAAGCGUUCACGAGAUUCAUUAGAUUUGAUAUGCCACGAAGUCAGGGGUAUAUUCAGUCGAUGACUAAGUACCUUGAUGAGAAAAGACAAGUCCAUAGCAAUCAAACUGCUUCGUUAAACUAUGCAAUAGAUCAUAGUAAUAUAGAGGGUAAACACGCCCUCCAAGAUGUUGGGAUGAUGAAGGGGUAUUUUGAUUCAUUCUUUCAAUUUAUUGGAAUCGAACACCUGGAUAAAGAUGGACUGUUAAAGGAUUCAAAGAAAGUUAUUCCAAUGCCAACUGGGAUGUCCACCCUAAGGUUCCUAAAAUAUGAGGAUUUAGAAGAUGCGAAAAUGACUAUCUCCCAAAAUUUUGAAUUCAGAGAUUUCGAUCAAUUCAACGCUGUUAUAGAUAUAGCCUUUACUCCAACUGUUUCUAGAUUUAUCUUGGCUCCUCCGGGUUGCGGUAAGACGUUGAUUUAUUACAUUCCAUUAAUUGCCUUUAGCAAAAAGGCUGACAAGAAUCCCAGAAAUACAAUUCGUCCAUUGUCCGUGGUGCUUGUAUCAGACUCAUGUGUCUUGGAUAUGAUAGGUAGGCUUGAGAAGCAUUUGACUGUUUUAAACGCUAAGGAUUACGCCAAUUUCUCCAAUAAUACCGACGUACUAGUUGCUGUUUAUAAUGACUUUGAAAAUCCCGGUUUAGUUACAUUUCUUUCCAAUUUCAACUCAAGUUAUCGUAAAGGCAACAAACUUGGUCUUUUAGUAGUUGACGACGUGUAUACGCUUCGGGAAGAAUAUGAUUUCAGAAAAUUUAAGAAUUUUCGUGACGGUAUAUUUAGUUUAUUCUGGAAACAGAUAUAUCUAACGCCAACAAUAAAGCCUGAUUUCGACCAAGAGCUUAUAAGUUUAUUAAAAGUUCCGGUUCCAAAUAGGCUCAAUUAG